AAGCUUCUUCCUGUCAAACGUCUCAGAUAGAAAAACUAGAUUCUGAUGGAGGUUCAGACUUUAACCUGCUUUUGUUCUGGAAGCUGCAGGACUUCUUGACCUUUUACCUUUGGCUCAUUUCAGUCUUUUAUUCCGUCCAAUCAUUCAGGACUGUUACAUUUAGCUGUUUGUAGCUCAGGAAACGCUGAACAAAGAGACUUUAGAGGAAAUAAUCCCUUCAUCACAUCCUGUCUAAUCUCAGCUUUAAUCUGCUCUCAGUUUGCUGCUUCAUCAACGUCCUGAAGAGAAAAGUUGGCUCCUGUUCUGGUUUCAGUCUUUAGGACUUCCUGUGGUCUGGAUGAUGUUUGUUAUUUCUGCUGACCUCCUCCCCAUCAGGUCCGUGUCCACCGUCCACACCGCCGUGUCCCGCCGCGUCCUGCCGUCCUCUGGGCCUCGCCGCCAUCGGGUCUGCACCGUCGGCCAGCGGCGGCGCCGCGGUCUGCUGGCGGCUCCGCUUCCCCAGCUGCUGGAGCAGGCGGUCGCGGUCUUCACGCUGUCCUGCUGCAGCGUCCUGACUCUGGUUCUGGAAGAGGACGGGACCGUGGUGGACUCGGAGGAGUUCUUCCAGGCGCUGCCCAGUGGCGCCCCGCUGAUGGUGCUGGAUGAGGGCCAGACGUGGUUCCAGAGCAAGAUUCUGCCGAGGAAGAGGGGUGUCUUCAGGCUGACCUUUGACCUCUAUAAGGUGCAGCCCACUGACCUGCAGUGCAGCCUGGCGGUCAGAGCCACGCUGCUGGAGACGUCAUCGCUGUCCUACGACUUCAGGUUCUCCAGAGUCCAACACGUCCUCAGAUCCGUCCUGCGUUCUGACCAGAACCGCAGGGCAGCUGCUGCUCUGCAUGUCGUCCUCGCUGUUGAAGGUCACCGCAGACGACCCCGCCGCCUCAUAGGGGCCGCGGCUCCGCCCCCGAUGUCUUGGCUCCGCCCCCAGGCCCAGUUCGUUCCUCAGGCUGCUUCAGUUCUGGUUUUGCUCAGCCGGCCCGGUUCCCUGCUGCCUUCAGGUUCUGCCAGCUGUUUUAAUGUUUUUAGAUUUUGAUUUGUAUCAAAUGAACAGAAAUGAAUCAUCUGCAUUUUGUUUAAUAUUCUGUGAAUCAAAUGAAUCAAAAUAGAUUUUUAAAAUCUUUUUGUCAGUUUUAUGACAAACUAACAGAAUUUCUCUGAACUUCAUGAACAAAUGGAGCCUGAAAGCAGGAAUGUGAUUGGUCGAUCAGAACUGCUGCCUUAAAGCCCUGACCUCUGACCCCAUCAGAGGAACACCUGCUGAUCCUCAGUCAGGUUCAGCCUCAGAGCGUUUAACCAACACCAAGCAGAGGAAAAGUGAGUGGAAGGACGACCUGGUGGUCCAAACUGAUCUUCACUGAUGGAAAUCUGUUCAUGUUUCAGUCGUCUGGGUCAGAACUCUGCAGAACCUCUAAUGGUUCUGAUAGCCGUUCUCUUCAGCAGACUCACUUUAAGGUCUUUCCACAGAUUCUCAGCUGAUUCAGACUUUGACUAGGCCAUCCCAAAAUCUCUGUGGCUGGACGUUCAGGGUGGUUGACCUGCUGGAAAGUGACCUUUGACCCCAGCCUCAGGCCCUCUGCAGGUUUUUAGCUCCAUCCAUGAGCAGCUUCCUGUCCCACAGCAUGAUGCUGCCACCGCCAUGUUUCACCCAGAGGAGGGAGAGACGGGAUCUCUGGAUGUUUCCAAAAUCUGAUUUAGGAAGUGAGGAAACAACUCAGGGUAGAAACAUCAGGAUAUCAGAGAAACUGAUAUUUUUUUAUGUGUUCAGUGGUUUAUAA